GAGAAAACUCCUGAAAAAGUGGAUUGAGGACAUAACCAGAUAGACAGACCCUUGAAACAAAAAUGAAACACAAAAUAUUUGCACCUGACCGAGGAGAGAUGAAGCUGAAUGUUUUUCUGCUCAUUCUGUUGGGUCAGUGCUGUGUAAUGUUUUGUCAUCUGUAUGAGUAUCACUACAUUAAUGUUAAUAAGAACUGGACUGAAGCUCAGCAGUACUGCAGAGAGAAACACACGGACCUGGCAACAGUGUCUGACAUGGAAGGCCUGAAGAGACUCCUCAGAAAUUCCACAGAAAGAAAUACUUCAGAUAAAUUCUAUCUGAUUAAACAAGAGAAGACCUGGUUGGAGGCUCAGAGUUACUGCAGAGAGCAUCACACAGACCUGCCCAGUGGACUGGAUCAGCUCCAGGAUGAACGACUGAAGAAUGUUUUGAGCUCUAAAGGUCGAAAAAAUGUGUAUAUGGGACUUAUGAGAGACACCUGGAGGUGGUCAGAUGGAAGCAGUUUUUCUUUCAGACACUGGAACAAAGACUUUGAUGAUGAGCGAUACAACAGUGGUCAAUGUGCCAUGACUGUGUUUGAUGAUGAAGGCAGAUGGAAGAAUGAGAACUGUACUGUCAGAAAACCCUUCAUCUGCUAUGAUAAACUGAUCCUGAUCAAAGAAAAUAAAACCUGGGAGGAAGCCUUGUACUACUGCAGACAUCACCACCAUGACCUGGUCACCAUCACCAACCUGAAGGAGCAGAGAUGGGUCCAGGAGAAAGCCAAGAAGGCCUCCACUGAUUACGUCUGGAUGGGACUGCAUUACGCCUGUACUCUGGAUCUCUGGUUCUGGGUCAGUGAUGAAGUGGUCAGCUAUCAGAACUGGGCUGCAGAUGAACUGAUGGAUGACUGUGACAUGUCUGGAGCCAUGAAGACAGGAGGACAACAUAAGUGGUUCAAAAUUCAAUGAUCAGAUGGAGUUAAAUUUUGUCUGCUCUAUGUCCUAAAAAUCAUUCUGCUCUGUGUAAAUAACAUGUAGACUAUUAUUGCUUAUUAUAGAUUAUUAUAACCAGCUCUCAAUACAUUUAAACAGCAGGUGUCUGAUUUAUAAACCUUGUGUAUGCACAAAAUGGGGCCUAAAAACUUGAUACGCCACUUUCCACAUCAAAAGUUGGGAUCUAUAAAAAUAAACUUGACAGGAAAAUGUGCGGUCCUCACGGCAGCUCUGACCCAG